CUUUCUUUCUUACUAAAAUUGGGAAUUAAUAUCAUCAUGGCUUCUACUGUUUCUCUCAAAUAUUUCCUCUUUCCAUCCUGUACUAAUAAAAAUGAUAAAAAUAUUAGAACUAAUUAUAUGAAUUUUGAUUCUUGUAAUAAUAAUAAAUCUUUGACUAUAUUAAAAUACUCAAAUACUAACCAUGGAAGACCUUUGUUUUUAUCUUAUUCUUCUUCUUCAGAUGAUGCUCCAAUUACCUCUGGUGAUAAUAUUCCAAGCAACUUUUGUAUUAUUGAAGGACCAGAGACUGUUCAGGAUUUUGUUCAGAUGCAGACUAAGGAAAUCCAGGACAAUAUACGGAGUAGGCGUAAUAAGAUCUUCCUACUCAUGGAAGAGGUGAGGAGGUUACGGGUCCAACAACGCUUAAAAAACAUAAAACUCAAUGAGAUCAGCUCUGAGGACAAUGAGAUGCCUGACAUUCCUUCUUCAAUUCCUUUUCUACCUGCAGUGACGCCAAAGACAUUGAAGCAGCUUUAUUUGACAAGUUUUUCAUUUAUAUCGGGAAUUAUUGUCUUUGGUGGCCUUCUUGCUCCAAUUCUGGAGUUAAAACUAGGUGUGGGUGGCACCUCAUAUAAAGAUUUCAUAACCAAUUUGCAUUUGCCUAUGCAGCUGAGUCAGGUAGAUCCGAUAGUGGCAUCCUUUUCAGGCGGGGCAGUUGGUGUCAUAUCGACGCUGAUGCUCCUUGAAGCCAAUAAUGUUAAACAACAAGAGAAGAAAAGGUGCAAGUAUUGCCAUGGAACUGGAUACUUGGCUUGUGCUCGUUGUUCGUCUAGUGGUGUGUGCUUAAACAUAGAGCCGAUUUCUGUUUCAAAUGCUUCUGAUCGGCCUUUACGAGCUCCCACUACUCGAAGAUGUCUGAACUGUUCUGGGGCAGGAAAGGUAAUGUGCCCCACAUGUCUUUGCACGGGAAUGGUGAUGGCCAGUGAGCAUGAUCACCGGAUAGACCCAUUUGUCUAAAGACCCCCCUAAUAAUAAUGCAGAACGGUUGUGACAGGGGUAUGUUUUACUGUGUAACAAGCUUAAAGAGGCGUCAUAUGGCGGAUCAAUGUAUACGGUUAUAGACGUUGAUGUCUGCAGUAGCAUAUAUUUGUAAGCUGAUUGUUAUAGUAAAAACCAAAGAUACAUUGUUGUAAGUAUUUUUGUUUCUUCCCUGGCCUUGUACUACUCUCAUCUAUGAUCUACCACACACACAACUAUAUCAUUUUCUUCCAA